UCAUCAGUCAAACGGUGUUUCUUAAGAACUUCAGUUCCAAGAAAUUCUCCAGCCGGAAGCUUUUGAAGUCCACACGUCUUAUGACAAACACAGCACUAAAAGAUUCCCAAGUGUUCAUCGUCCCUGGUCUUCUGCUUCUUUUAAUAUUCUUUCUUUCUUUCCCUUUUUUCAGAAGAUUUGGUCUUCCAUGCCGAACCAUCUUCUAACAUCCUACCUCUCUCAAUAAUACCAGGCUAUUUUGCUGAGAAUCACCCAAAGGACGGCUUUUGCUUUGUAGAAUCUUGCAACCAAUGGAGACCAAGGCCCAAGUCCUGCUUUUUCUACCCUUAUCCAUGUUCUUCUGGUUCCCGGGAAGUUCCAUGCUGCUAGAAACAGAUGGAGGCUGGCUAACAAGGAGCCACGCUGCGUUGUCAGAAGAUGGAAGCUGUACGGUGGAGAGAAGGGACUCCUCCCUCACUUAUGCACAGUUUAUUCAACAGUAUGCUUUCUCACGUCCAGUAAUUCUUCAGGGAUUAACGGACAAUACUGAAUUUCAGGCUCAGUGCACCAAAGAUCAGCUGUUGGCCAAGUUUGGAGAUCGUGUGGUUCGUCUCAGUACCGCCAACACCUACUCUUACCACAAAGUUGAUCUACCCUUCCAAGAUUAUGUGGAUCAUUUGCUGGAACCCCAGGAUCUGGCUUCCCUAGGAAGUGAAACCCUCUACUUCUUCGGAGACAAUAAUUUCACUGAAUGGGGGUCCCUCUUCAAGAAAUACAACCCACCACCUUUCAGGAUUCCGGGCACCACGGGAGCAUUCAGUUUUGGGAUUGGGGGGUCUGGUUCCGGAGUGCCAUUUCAUUGGCACGGGCCUGGCUUUUCGGAGGUCAUCUUUGGGAGGAAGCACUGGUUCCUGUAUCCUCCAGAGAAAACGCCAGCGUUCCACCCCAAUAGGACGACUCUGUCCUGGUUCCUGGAUACGUACCCUUCCUUGCCGCCCUGGGAGAAGCCGGUGGAGUGCACCAUCCAUCCAGGAGAGAUUCUGUAUUUUCCGGACCGCUGGUGGCACGCGACCCUCAACCUGGACACCAGUGUUUUCAUUUCCACAUUCCUGGGUUAGCCGCUCCAAGUGACACCUCCUCUAUGUCGGAACUCUUGCCACCAUUCCUCAUGCAAAGAAAUUGGAUUUCUUGGCCCUUUCAAACACAUCCAUGCUGGUCUCCCAGUUGAAAAUUGUCCCAGUCUCCCCGUAAGAUGAACGGCACAAUCGUUCAUUUGGGCAAAAUGCUUCGGGGCCGAAGACUAUAAUUUCCAUCACCCGGAAAUAUCUCAGUUGGCUUGCUCCAAUGGAGUUGAUGAAAUUCAACAGCCGUGAAGGUAGUGGCCAUCAGCAAUGGUUGACCAUAGUAACAUCCUCUCUAUGGCCCUUUAGACCAGCAGAGGUGAUGUGGUCCCAACUGACCAUACCUAUACCAUCUUUCUCAGGGAUCUCCUCCUAAACUUUUUCAGCCAGCAUCACAGGACCAACUCCUCCCCAUUUCUCUCUCUCUCCUCUGUCUCCCUCCCUCCCUGUCUUGUGGGUGGAAUCCUGAUGCGGUUAAUUUUCUCUCUCUCUCUCUGUUUUUUUUUUUAUUUGCAUUUAUAUCCCGCCCUUCUCCGAAGACUCAGGGCGGCUUACACUAUGCUAAGCAAUAGUCUUCAUCCAUUUGUAUAUUAUAUACAAAGUCAACUUAUUGCCCCCAACAGUCUGGGUCCUCAUUUUACCUACCUUAUAAAGGAUGGAAGGCUGAGUCAACCUUGGGCCUGGUGGGGCUUGAACCUGCAGUAAUUGCAAGCAGCUGUUAAUAACAGACUGUCUUAGCAGUCUGAGCCACCAGAGGCCCUAGUUACUCUCUCUCUCUGUUACUCUCCCUUUAUUUCUCUCUUUGUUUCGCUCUCUUUCUGUUUCUCUGUUACUCUCUGUGUUUCUCCCUCUCUCCGUUACUCUGCUUCGCUCUGUUACUCUUUCUCUCUCUCUCUGUUACUCUCUGUUUCUGUUUGUUUCUCUCUCCAUUUGUUUCUCUCUGUUUCUCUUUCUCUCUGCCCAAUUGUUUCUCUUUCUGUUUCUCUGUUUCUCUCUCUCCAUUACUCUGUUUCUUUCGCCCCAUUUGUUUCUCUCUCUGUUUGUUCUCUCUCUCUCUCUCUCUCUCUCUCUGCCCGCAUGCAGAGAUAACUGUUACUGCUCCUCUUGUGCCUCAUCCAGUUCUUCCAACUCCCCAGGGGAUAUUUACACCACCAGGUGACUAAAAAUAAUUUAAGCUGCUCAAAAUUACAGCCUUGCAGGGCAGGUAGGAAAUCUCGUGGCUUGUAUGCGGGGUUGGUCAGCAACCUGAGGGCGAAAAAGACCUUGUUUCAUGUGGAAGCAACCUGUUUGUUCAUCUUCCUCCCCCCCCACCCCCGUUUUUUUCUGGCAGGGCAUUCCUACAUUCCUUUUCUUUUCUCUUUUAAAACGGUUUUACUGCCAACUGGAUGUGCAGAAACGCAACCAAUAGAUUCUGGUCUUGUUUCUAUCCAGAUAUCCCUGGUUGAUGUGGAGUACCAGAGCAGCAAAUCUUAGCAUAAACAUUUUAUUUUUUAAAAAAAAAUGUAACGUGCAUGUCAGUCAAGAGUUAAUUUUGUUCUGGCUUUUCCUCUGGAGAUUUUGCUGAUUUAUUUAUAUCUCACCUGUAUUUCUUUUUAUUAGUAACUCAAGAUGGCAAGCAUACCUAAUACUCCUUCCUCCCAUUUUCUCCACAAACAAAAGCCAUGGGACACAAAUUGGGUUGAGAGUGACUGAGUGGCCCAAGAUCCUCCAAAUGGCUUUCAUGCCUAAAAUGGGACUAGAACUCACUGUCUCUUGGUGAUUGGCACCAAGUCACUCAGUUACUCUUUGUGUCUAAGGCGGGACAAGAACUCACUGUCCCCUGGUGAUUGGCGCCAAGUCACCCAGUUUUCGUUUCUAAGGCGGGACUAGAACUCACUGUCUCCUGGUAAUUGGCGCCAUGUCACCCAGUUAGUUUUUGUAUCUAAGGCGGGACUAGAACUCACUGUCUCCU